AACAUAGCAGUACCACAAAAUAUGAAUUUUUCUACAAGAUUGGAGUUUACGGACAACCGAUGCGCGGAACACUCACUGUGGAACCCUACAACGUGCAGAUGGAAAUUCACCGAUUGUGAAGAUACCUCAGAGCGACUUACAACCAUAGUUCCCCAAGUGGAAACUAUCAAAAAACAUAAUUAUCUCAGUUUUUGUAUUUCCAUUUCACUUCUUCUGGGCUGUGCCUUCUUAAUAUCCGUGUACCAUCUCAUGACACGGCACAACAGUACAACUCAAUAUAAAAGAACAGUCGCAAACGAAGACAACGACACAACUAAGAAGAAUACAAAUAUUACAGAGAUACAGAAUAUAAAUAUUAUUCCUAAGAACGAUGAUAAAUCCAACGGAGUUAUAUUAUUGUACGUUAAAAGCUCUUCGUUCUUCUUGAAAUUCAUGGCAGACUUUGGCAACAUUUUAAAACGAUGCUGUCACUGUGACGUUUACGAUUGGUAUGGUGUCAACGAAUUGGAAGCUACAGAAUUGGGUCCUUCCAAUUGGGUUAAUAAAUUGCGAGAAAGAGGCUGCCGCAUUGUUUGGGUCGAUACACCGUUUUCUCGGUCCCUCGUGCUGUCGCACGCUGAAGAAAAUUAUCAGAAAAAAUUAUUGCUCUGUGGCGAUUUUCGUGACGAGGCCUUUCCAGGAAUACUGAACAUGGAAAAACAUUGUAUAAACGAUCCUACGUCGCUGUAUGAAAAUCAUUUUAUUAUACGG